AUGGCGAGAGAGUGGGAUCUUACGAGUGACCCGUCCAUUCAGGACGAGGAGCUGCUGAACGCAGCCCUUCUUCUGCUGGCAGAACGAGCCAGGGACAGCAAUUACGCUGUUCGGCAGAUGGCAGCCAGGGCCUUGGGGAACAUGGCACAUGGUGCCCCUUCGCAGCUGAAACACCACCGGACCCUCAUCCUAGACACCCUGGUCCAAGCCUCCUUCUUGCCAACUUCAGAUGAGCUAAUGACAGAGGGCAUGACAUCUCUGGCCAAGGUCCUCAGCCAGUUGGGGACCAGGACAGGGCCCGUCAUUUUGGCUGUGGGGACGCACGUCAGGGCCUUUUUCGACCACAAGGAUGAUGCCCUGCGCAAGGCCUCAUUUGCCCUGUUCGGCACCUUGGCAGGGUGCCUCAGAAAAAAAUGGCAUAGUUGGUAUAAGACCCAGGUGAGGCAGAGCUGGGCAGCGCUGCUGCUGCACCUGCAGGACCCCAACAAGGAGGUGGCCAAGGAGUGCAGAAGAGCUGUGGGCCUCUGCUGCCCUUACCUGGGGCUCAGGAGGGUGCAGGGAGUCCUGGCCUUUUACGUGCAGGGGUCAGGAGAGGUGCGGGUCAACGUCCUGCUGCGAGACCUUUGCAGGCACUUGGUCAAAGAAAAACUGGUACUCCUGGAGGGACUGUGCUACAGGACCAGGAGGUACUACACCAGCUCCUGGCCAGAGAUCCGGGCAGCAGCAAUACAUUUUACCGGCAUCAUGCUGGAGUACAGCAGCCCAGGGACUACCAGGUGGCUGAACAUCGCCCACUUGCAGAGCUCUCUGAUGUCCCUGGAGAAAGACUCGUCACGUCCAAGUCGCGGCCACCCAGGUCCUGGAGGCCAUCUCUAA